UGGGGAGACAGAGAGGGAGGUAAUGAGAGCUCGGAGAGACACAUUCAUACGCCAUUCUGCAGCGGAGAAGAAAAGAAAGGAGCGCACAGGAGAAAACGGAGAGAGAGAGAGAGAGAGAAAGAGAGAGAGGGAGAGAGAGAGCACGGUAAGAGAAUAAAGCUUCUUGCAUGGACGUGAGGGAAAGAGGGGGGGAACGAGAGCCACAGAGACUGAUUGACUGGGUGCCUGUGAAUAGAGGGUAGCGACAGAGCCAGAGAGAGAGAGAGAGAGAGGGAGGGAGAGAGGGAGGAGAGAAGAGAGGAGCCGUUUGCACAACAUGGAUGCCCAGUCGGAGAGCGGCGAGACAGCACUGAGCGACCCUCAAGCUCCGGGAAAAAUCCGAAAGGCCUUCAAGCUGUUCGGCAAAGGCAAGCCAGGCAGCGGAGUGGCCAGCAUCUUCGGCCGGCGCGGCAAAGGGGAGGGGUCUCCCAAGUCACCGCCGCCACGCAGCAAGACCUUGGACGGGCUGUCGGAAAACACCACGGCAACGCAGGACGCUACCGAGGCGGCCACCAUGUCGGAGCCCACCGCGUCCUCUCCACAGCAUCCCCAGCAGGAGGGGGGCGGCGCAGACGAGCCGGCCCAGAACGAGCAGCCGUCGGCGGGGGAGCCCCCCACCGGACGCGGCCUCCUCCCCCACGCGGCCCUCCAUUCGUCCAUCAGCUCGGCCAAGUCUCUGGGCUUCCUGUCGCUGCUGCGGCGCGGGCGGCGCGGGGGGGGGGACGAGCGGCAGGUGUGCACGGAGGCUCAUCGCGGCGGCCGGCAGCGGAAGGGCCUGCGCAGCCUGUUCGGCAGCAUGCGCUGGCGUCGGCACGGCGACGAGGAGGACUCGGCCGAUGGGGCCGGACCGCCCCUGACCGCGUCGCGUUCCAACAGCGUGGAGAUCAUCAAGGAGCACCUGACGCUGACCCCGCGCCCCGCGCCAAGGGCCGAGGGCGAGCGCGACUUGGACGAGUCCACAGCGGCAACAUCACUGCCCAACACCCCCAAACCCGGCGCAGAGAACGCCGCGCUGACCCAGCUGAACCCCAACGCGUCGGCGGCCGAGCCCACCUCGGACCGGCUCAGCACGCUGCUGCUCGGCGACAUCUCGUCCAUCCUGAGCUUCGACUCGCUGACCGGCUGCGGGGACAUCGUGGCGGACGUGGAGGCCGAGUGGGCGAAGGCCAGCAGCCGCGUCGGAGCCUCCGCCCCCAAGGAGCACGCCGACGACUCGGACAGCGUUGACAAGAGCCUGUCGUCUUCGGCAACGCCGUCAGGCAAACUCUCCCCCGCCCCUGCCCUCACCACCCCGACCCCUCUGACCCCUAAGCCCAUCACUGCCCCCACCACCCCGACCCCUCUGACCCCUAAGCCCAUCACUGCCCCCACCAUCACGACACUUCCACUCAGCACCCCAGCAGCCAAACCAGCCUCUGCCCUGCCCACGACAUCACAUCCUCCUAUUACAUCACAUCCACCCGCUAAGGACGCUAAAGCUGCUCCACCUGCACCUCCUCCGCGGGCUCCUGCCCCAGCUCCUUCUACUGCCCCCACCCCUGCCCCCGCUCCUGCCCCAGCUCCUUCUACUGCCCCCACACCUGCCCUGCCCCCGCUCCUGCCCCCGCUCCUGCCCCCGCUCCUGCCCCCGCUCCUGCCCCCGCUCCUGCCCCCCGCUCCUGCUCCCUCUACUGCCCCAGCCACCACCCUCCAGACGGUGCCCGCUGCACCCAUACCAUCUGCCCCUGCCGCCUCCACCUGCCCCAAGGCUGCCCCCGUUGCUGCGCCCGCUGCCUCCAAGUUCCCCAGCGGUCAGAUGAGCAAACAGGCCACGGUGUCCGGGAAGCCUCCUCCGAAGAUCGUCACCACCUUCGGCCUGUCCUGCCACCGCGUGCGGACGUCCCCGCCGACCAAACCUGCUUCGGCUCCUGACGCCAAACCCCCGACUCCCACGAGCAAAUCUGCCCCCAUCUCCACCCUCUCCGACUUUGCCCCGGCGGCGGCUGCCGUGGCGACCGUCACAGAAACGGCUCGGAGCGCCAAAGCCCCGGUCAUCGUUCCAGCCCCCGCCUUCUUCAUUCAUGCCCCAUCUGCCCCAGCUGCUUACAAACCUCCCCCCUCGUACGCCGCCCUAGUGUCCACCCCCCCGCCCGCCUCUGCUGCCGUAGUGUCCACCCCCCCACGGCCGGUCUCUGCUGCCCCAAAACCUCCCCCAUUUCCGGAACCUUCCGCCGCUGUGGCCCCUGCAUCAGCCGCUCCCUCGGCCAGACCUCCGGCGCUGGCCUCUCCUGCGUCUCCUGCGUCCCCUCUGCCUCCGCUCUCCCCUCCGACCGGCUCUCCCCCGGAGGAGAGGGCACGAGUGGACGGUGGCGAGGACCUGGCCAGCCGCGAGGCCCUGGAGGCGCCGAGCCAGCGAGCCGUCGCUCCUGCCCGCCGAGAGGAGCCUGCGCUGGGCCUGCCGGAGCCACAGCCUGCCCCUGCCGGUGCCCUGGGGGUCAAGCGCAGCCCGCUGGUGAAAGCGGCCGCCCUGAGCAAGAUCCCCGUGAGUGGAGGUGGGCGUCCGCCGGCCGCAGCAUCGGUCAGGCCUCAGGCAGGACUCAUCACGCGGGAGACGCACUCUAACGGGGACGCGGCCGCCGCUGCCUCCAGCAUGUCCCGGGGGCCGCUCACCCCGUGCGGGUCGGAGGAGGACGUGCUGCCCCCUCUCUCUCGGGACACCGGCAGCCGGGACACCCUGAGCGAGCUCGCCGACCAGUCUCCUGCUACGUCACCGCCCACCUCUCCGCACGCUUUCGACGAAGACCACACGCCGCACACGCCCUCGCCACCCGGCGCGGUCACCACUCGGCCCUCGUCCUCCAGAGUGCCGGCACCGUCCGGUAUCCCCCGUGGAUCCGGGAUCCCCAUCAAGCGUGACACGCAUGCGGCCCCCACGUACCACUCGCUGCAGGGCAGGGGGGACGCCACGCGCACCAAGAUCCCCGUCUCCAAAGUUCCGAUCCGUCGCGGAGGCCACUCCGCUGUCCGCAAGUGAACCCGACCCAACUCAACCCGACCUGAUGCGAGAUGACCUGUUCGGACUCGUUCGCUGGGCUCGCUUGGUCACGUUUGAGUGCUUGUAUCAGACUCCAAACGGGGCUCCAGACUGGACUGGUUUUCUGUUCAGACUCCAAACGGGGCUCCAGACUGGACUUGUUUUCUGUUCAGACUCCA